GGUUGGAGUCCGCCGACGGAGGCGGAGGACGAGGUGACGACGCUGCCUCGAGACAGAAGCCGACUCGGCGGGGCCUCGUCGUCUGUCCUUCAAGACGACGACUCGAACGAGGCGGGACUCGAAGACGAGCCGACCGAUCGCGGCGCUAGCAGCCACAAAGUGGCCAGACACGUCGUCCGCGAAGACAGACCAAGUGACCGUCGAGUCGUCCCUGACUGGUCGCGAGUGUCGGUGCCCGAAGAGGACGGUCGUUUCCAAGAACUGCUUCGCGGACACAUUGUCCAGUCGCUCUUCGACAGCAUGGACCAUGACCAUAAUUUGUUAUCGUGCUUCUGGGCUGCUUUUACUUCCUACCUUAUAGACGUCUGGUAUAUAUUCUCCAGCAUUGAUACAGAGCCGUCUCUUGCUAGGCUCGAUGUAGCUGUCACUACAGGAGCGUCUGGACUGGUAGGAUGCUUUUGCAAUGGGUGGCGCAUAUUUCGUGACUACAUUUGUCCCGAAUAA